UCCCUCUCGAUUCAAAAGACUCACUAUUAACGGAAAGCCAGCGUGGAUGUCUGCCUGACCUCGAAACUCUUAAGAUUGCCUAUGAGAAUAGUUUCAUUUUAUAUUUGAUCGUUACUUCAUAUACAUUCUCGAUUCAUCUUACUUUAGCUAACCAACCUCCAAAACCAUCUAUCCUCAACCAGAAACAUGAACUAUUCAAACAAAAUUGACGGCAGGAAGAUACGCGAGUUGCGCAAAGCCUUUCUAGCAAACAAAGUAGCCGACGACGAUGAGAAGCUCCUCCGGAGCUCCACCCAGUACUGUCAAUCCUUGCUGGAGACGCUGACAUCUGAUGAGGUACAAUAUGUAAUCGGUCGUACAUUCAUGUCGCCCGAAAUACGGAGCAUGUUAAGAGAUGAGAACGAUCGAAUGCAUUCGUGUACGAAAAAGUUAAGCAAUGCAGAGGAACGUGCCAGUUCAUCAGUUAGCAUGUCCUCUGAGCACUUGAGCGAGUCUUACUACGCUACUUCCGCUGAUAGUGGAAGUGAAGAGCUAUUUGUGCGGCAAGAUCCAAAGUCCGCCGAAUUUAACAAACGCGAGAGGAAAUCGAAGAGAAAACGGAGUGAAUUCCCUACAUUUGCAAGCCUAGCCGGACCCUCCGAGUCUGCUCCACGAUCGAUACCAGGAAAUAAGACCAGAAAAAAACAUUGGUGUGAUUCUAGAUUGGAGUUAAUGGAUGAUGAUCAUGAUUCAGACGAUGCGCCUCUCUCUAAGAGUAUUGUGCACUGCCUCCCAGACACGGGGAAAGUGUGGGACUAUAGGAUUUGGACUUCUUCCUCGGGUCAGACUAGCGGUACUUUCGGGGCGCUGAUUCCAGAGGGCUAUAAAGAACAUGACGACCUUAGCCGCCCAUGGAUUUGCCCUGUUCGUUCCUGUCGAACCUUAUUUCCGACACUCAGGGGACUUGGUGGUCAUUUUAACAGCGGACACAGAGCGAUGAUAUUCAAUGACAACCAGGAUGGUACCUUGUCUUUUAUCGACACAAGGGAGGGUAUUACCUCUAAAACGCCUGCCAAAGUAGUAUCAAAGAGGCCACUAGAUCCUAAAGAACCUCCUAUGCGGGAGCCCACAAUUCCAGAACGUAGAUCUAGGCAAUCGGAGAUAUCCCGGCCUACGUGUAAUUCUCAACUAGCCGAAAUACCAGAAGGGGAGACUCGUAAAGCGCUCUGGAAAUAUAUACAGAGUCAAUUACAACAUAACCCACCAGACCCAAUACCAAGAGACAAGCGCGUUCGAAUGCUUCUAAAAUCCCUAACUCGAGUUCGAAAUAUCGAGUUUAACCCCCAAACUAAAUAUUCUUUCAACGAGUCAAAGAAUCAAGAUAUUCCUGCGAUGAUUGUGCAAGUGACUGGCAAGGAAGCCAAGCACCCAUGUCGGAGGUGUAAAGAAGGGAAGGGUCCUUUUUUGGGCUGCUAUAUUCUCCCUGGCACUGCCCCAUUGGAUGCCCAGCAAUCGAUACUGGGAUGCGCCAACUGCUAUUACAAGGGUUCCCAAUAUCUCUGUGAUUUCAUGAAAAGGUCUGGAGAUCUGGAUAAGGACUUAGAAUCCAACGUAGGUCUGCCACCGACUACUAAGGAGACACCAAGUAUUACACCAGGGUGGGUCCAUGAUAAGGAGAGCGAUGCUGUUGAUGGUAUGAAUAGAUCCAACCCUUCUGUUGUGAUACUUGACUAAUAUUUACAUUCAGACAUCGCGUUUUCGAACGCUGUUUUAACUCAGGGUCACGCAGUGCAAGUCGGGCACAAUAUAUCGGUUCAAAAUAUCGAUAUUGAGCCAGGCAAUAUAUAUGCCCGGAAGCCUAGCGCUAUGGAGCUCCGUAUGUGUCUUAUACUAUCAGGGACGCUACAAUUUAGGAUGCCUGGCCAACAGUUUAGCAUGGGCUUACAUGACACGGUA